AUGUUUGUUGUUGUUGUUGUUGUUGUUGUUGUUGAUGUCAUUGAAUCUUCACCACCUACAGGUCCAUCUCGAGUUUCUAUUAAACAACAACAACAACGACAACAAUCUCCUUAUCCCAGUGAACAACAACAACAACAACAACAACAACAACAACAACAACAAACAUGUUUCUAUCCAUCACCACCACCACCUUCAUCAUUCACUUCAUCUUCCCCACAUCAUCGUCAUUUACCAUCAACAUCAACACCAAGUCCAAGUCCAUCAUCUCCACAUUCACCAUUACCUACAAGUUGA